ACUAUCGUCGAUUAAAUCAUCUUGCAUCGUAACCUGAUUACACAUAUGAUAUGUUCUGACUGAACAGUCGAUGUGCGAGCGAGACGUAACAAAGUUUCAAAACGUUCUUUCUCUUUUUCUCAAACACAUUAAUUAGAUGGUCGACCAAAUCAGCAUGUGCUUCAAACUUUCAUCACAAACUAGACGACUUGGGGCGACUUUUGACAUUUCUCAUUCGACGAGUGCGAUUUGUUUACGCAUUUUGUUUUUCUUCUCUGCAAAAAACGCGAAAAUUCCGUGAAAAUCUCGGAAAAAAUGAUUGGAGACAACUUUGGAAUCCACAGACCGAGUGUCCGCAACACCACAACAGCCAGCGAGGAGCGUUCUGGACAGGCUCUGAGUGAUUUCCUGGUGCAAUUGGAAGAUUACACUCCCACGAUCCCCGAUGCCGUCACCUCGCACUACCUGAAUUCAUCGGGUUUUGAUACAACAGAUCCCAGAAUAAUCCGCCUAAUUUCAAUUGCCGUUCAGAAAUUCAUUGCCGACGUGGCGAAUGAUGCACUCCAGCACUGCAAAACACGAUCCAGCAACACCUCCAGCGGUGGCCACGGAUCCUCUUCGAAGAACCAAAAAGGCUCCAAAGACAGGAAGUACAAUCUCACCACGGAAGAUUUGGCUCCGGCACUCAAUGACUACGGCAUCACCGUACGUAAGGCGCACUACUUUGUCUAAAUUUCUAUGAUUUAUCCUAAAAAAAAAAAAAGAAUAAUUAAUAAAAUGGAAUUUAUGUGAAUUUAAAAAAA